GGGGGCUGGUUUCUCGCCUUCAGCUGCCUCUCAGUAAAGCCACAUGACCAGGAGGAAUUUUUAGUGACUCUUUCCCUGCUGCUGUGCUCAGAGGCGGAAGUGAAGGGCAUCUGAAAGCGUGAGAAGGGGUGUCUGGACAAGGUGCUGAGGAUGGCAGACAGUUCUGAUCUCUGGAUUGGCAGCGCUUAUCUAUUCCUCCAGUCGACAUCUGAGAAGAUUGUCCUGCCCUCUCUUUAUGGAAGCUCCCACCAGAAAUCUAGCGUGUUCAAGGCCCUCAAGUUGGCUUUAGCAGAUUCCACAGGCAGCCUGCAUGGCGUCGACAUGCUCAAAGUGCACUGCAGUGAGCCGCAUCUGAUUAUCCAGCUUAAAUUCUGCCUACGAGAGAACUGCCGCCAAUUCCUUCGGCGCUACCGGGCCGGGUUGUUCCGGGAGUCUCUCCAGAAUCACCUCCAAGUCACCCUGUCAAUGACAGCCGUACCUGUUCAAGUGGAGCUGAAGGCUGGCAGCGAGCAGCUGGACCACAUGCUGAACGAGGAGGAGCGCUGUUUGGAAUGUAUCUACAAAGAAAAGCCCGACCGCCUCAGGGACGAGGAAAUUGCCGAGCUGGAGGAAUCUUUCAGGAGCUUGACUUGUCAACAGGAGAGCAACAACACGGCCCCUUCAAACAACUGCAACUCUUUGAACUCCUCAUCUCUGUUUUAUUGUUCAGGGGGGAGCUCUCUGCCCUCAGGAGCCACCUUCAUCUUUCAGGAACAACAAUUUGCCAACAGAACACUCACGCCAGAUGACCAUCAAAAAUUUGCCAAGCUCGUGUCGAAGAAAUGGAAGCAGGUGGGUAGGUCUUUGCAGAAGAACUGCCGUGCCCUUCGGGAUCCUGUCAUUGACAACUUGGCCCACGAAUAUGACCGAGAGGGAUUGUAUGAGCAAGCAUACCAGCUCCUUCUCAAGUUUAUUCAGUCGGAGGGCAAGAGAGCCACAUUACAGAGGCUGAUUGCAGCCCUGGAGGAAAACAGUCUCAUAACCUUAGCAGAGGAACUCCUGGGCCUCCACCCUAGUGAAAACGACACGUCAUAG